AUGGAUCCAUCUCUGCUUGACAAUCUUCGGGCUAGCUUGCGAGGGCCUGUCUACGAGCGUGGUAGCUCUGGCUUCGUACCCAACACUCGGCUAUUCAAUGGCAACGUCGUGUGCAACGCAGAGGCCGUCUGCCUCCCUCUCGAUGCCGCAGAUGUCUCAGCCGCGGUGAAGUUUGCCAACGCACACAAUAUGGCCUUCAGUGUCAAGGCUGGCGGCUACGGUACACACGGCAGCGCUAUCGCCGGCACUCUCGUUAUCGACCUUUCGCGUAUUCGCGAGAUCCGUAUCGACGCCCAACAUAUCUCGCUCAAGAACAUACCCGUAUCAUCCGAGAAUAUCACCACUAGCACCCACGGCAAACGUCCGCGCGAACCAUCACCGCCCAGUGCGCUUCUUCCGAGCCCCAGCGCCUAUGACUCUGCCAGCCCGGCCGUCACAAGCUUCCUGCAAGGCGCGCCAAUGCCGCCAGACAACUUCGGAGAACUACCGCGCGAGCCACCCGUGAACCGACGCAGGCUGGACGAGCCUUCUCAGAAUCAACCACCCGCGCUUCCGGUGGUCAAGGAGGACGGGAGCGAUGGUGAGGAUCCGUUUGGAUACAUGGAAGACGCCCCACGGCCGAAGCCCCGGAUCAUAUCCCCGCCCCGCGUACUCUCUGCGCCUGCCCCCGUCCCGGGCCCAUCAAUGCCCGUCGCAGCUUCUUCGCUUCCUGGACCGUCUACCUCGACGUCGGCAUCGUCUUCCGCUCCCUGGCAUCCGCCGCCCGCACCUGUCUCAGCACCUUCACAUGACUUGCUUGCGCCUCCAUCGACACCACUACACCCGCAUGCCUACGUCUCCUUCGGUGCAGGUGCAUCUCAGCGCGACGUUGAUGGCUACACCGCAUCGCAUACGCUUGCUGCUGCCGACCCGCCCGGUGCACGUAUAUCCUACCAUGUCCCGUUCAGUGCUCACCCCGUUGGGUCGGGUGGGAUGCUCUUGGGCGGGUUCGGCUUCCUCAGCCGGCAAUAUGGACUCAGCGUCGAUAACUUGAUCGAGGCUGAAGUUGUCCUGUCCGACGGCAGUAUCGUCUACGCUUCACAGUACGAGAACUCCGAUCUACUCUGGGCUCUACGCGGCGCAGGCCCAGCCUUUGGAGUCGUGGUUCGCUAUCUCGCACGCGCGUACCCUAUCCCGUCCGUCUAUGCCGGCAACCUCAUCUGGCGCUUCCACCGUGCCACUGCACCGUCGUUGCUGGCACACUUCCGCGACUGCGUGAAGAGCGCGCCACCACAGCUGUACGCCAACGCGCUCCUCACAGCGGGGCCGGCGGACCAGGACAGCUUGGUGGUGAUACAAAUGUGCUAUAACGGGCCCGCAGCGGAGGGCAAGGUGUUCCGCGACGCACUUGCGAGUUGGGAUGGCGAGGCAUGCGUGCUCAUGGAGGUCGGCGAGAAGGUGUACACGCGUCAGCAGGAGAGUGUCGCUCAGGUACUGCGCGGACGUGCGGGGAACCAGUGGUUCAUCCGGUCUGUGCUUGCGCGCGGGCUUUCGGACGAGGUCAUCGGCAAUACAGUGCGAGAUUUCGCGGACACGCCAAUAGGAUGCACUUGGCUAUUCGAGCUUGCGGGAGGCGCAAUUGCGGAUCCCAAACGCGAGGAGAACGCGCCGGGAUGCUUCCCCGCCGAGGCGCGUCAGGCGCUUUUCACUAUCGCCGCGCUGCAUCAGUGGGAUAUGGACAUCGACGAUCCUCGCUGUGUCGAUACCGCAGAGAACUGGCUGAACAACACGCUCGAGUCGGUCUCGCUAGGUCACCCUCUACCGUCUUUCCUCGGACGGGGCGAGGCGCCAGAGCGUGUGAUCAAGUGCUACGGAUCCAACUGGGAUCGUCUCUUCGAGCUGAAACGCAAGUUCGACCCAGAGGCUCGCAUCAAGCACUGUUUCUGGCCGGCUCAUCCAGACGGCACCUUGCGUUCUCCAGAGGAGCGGGAGCCGCCCACACCUGAUAAACCCGCAAAGCUUGCGUCUCCCAGUGUACCCCACCGGAUCUCGCUAGGCAAAGGCAAGCAGCGCGCCGACCUUCGAGUCUCGAGUGAGGGUAUGAGUAUCCAGACGCGCUCGCGCGGGACGAGUGGGGACUCGUCGAACUCCAGCUCGAGCGGCUCUGGGUCGAGCGGAGCUGGGACGACGUCGACGGGCGUCACGACGCCGAACGUGGGGUACCCUGAGGACGAUCGUGGUGAAAAGGCGCGCGGGCUUGAUCACGCCGAUGUUCAACCUGGGCCAGCGCCCGGCCAGGAGAUGGUAGAUGGAGAUGCAGUACUAAACGUAGGUGGAGAGCUUGUGGAGGGAGGGAGGAAGUAA